CCAUAGAUUCUACAAUUGCGAUAAAGAAAAGCCCUUUUUCUCCGCCGUUGUCUCCGGCGACUUUGUGAUCGACAAACUCAGCAUGAAUCCGAAGAAGGACAAAGUUCAUGCUGUAACUCCCGAGGAGGAUUAUGGUGAUAGAUGGAUGAGACUGAUCUGGAACAAUGAUCUUUUGACGAAAAUAUUUAUCCUGUUACCUGCAAAAUCUGUUACCCGAUGCAAGUUAGUAUGCAAACAUUGGCUCUCACUGGUCUCCUCUGAGAAAUUCUGCCAUCUCCACACCCUGCACUCCCCAAAGCUGCAGCCGUCUCUUCUCCUGAAUCCGAACCUGGGGAAUCCAAGCUUGCAGUUCUUUAACUUCAAUCCAUUCAUGAAUGGCGAGAAGCUGAUGAUACCUUACACCUUCUCUUUUCCAAACCCCAUCAUCAUUAGUUCUUGUAAUGGGCUGAUGCUGCUAAAAUCUCACCAUAAAGAUGAGAGUUUCCAUGUAUACAAUCCCACCACUAAGCUGUCAAGAAAGAUUAGUGUUACCGAUGCUUAUCGUGACAAUAUUGUGGCGCUUGCAUUAGCUUUUGAUCCUUCAAAGUCUCCCCACUACAAGGUUGUUUGCAUUAAGUCAACCUCAGAAGAUCGUAUCAAUCCUCUUGAGGUAGAUACUUGUGCGAUCGAGGUUUAUGACUCAGAGAGUUGCGUUUGGAAGCUCAUGUUGCGAUUUGUGUUUCCUCAAAGGCUUGAAAUGUGUGGUGGAUACGGGGGAGUGUACUGUAGUGGAUCGAUAUAUUGGGAUAUCUUGGACACACUCGUCUACUAUGAUAUUGCCCAGAAUGAUUUCGAUACUCUAGAUAUGCCUAGAUAUUCACCUUCUCUCCGGAAACAUAUUCUACUUUCGGUUGACUCUUCCUCUCUUCUGCAAGGGGCAAAUGGUCAUCUAUACAUAUCUAGAUUGUUCACAAAGGCUAGCAACUGUCAAUUGAUUAAGCUGUUUGAGUUGGAUAUGCAUGAUCGUCGUUCUUCUUCGUGGUUCUUGAGGUACGAUGAAACAAUCCCUCACCAUGAACACAUUUCCCCAAUUAAUGGCUAUAAUGAACAAUUGAGAUUCAUUAAGGGAUCAUACGACACAGAGACGUGCAGUGUACUGUCUCAUAUGUAUGGGAUGAUUAGUGUCUAUAGUUUCCUCGACAAGAGCUAUAAGUUGCUCGUUGAUGUGACAGGCCCACCAUUCAACAUUCAGGCCAGUUAUGGGGGUCCUCAUAUGGAAAUGUAUGAAUUUAUUGAAUGUUUAGCUGUUGUUUGAGGGAUGAGAUGCAACUUAGACUACUUUGAUGAUAUUACUAUGUGACUCUAUGCUGAUGAUUUUUAGUUUGGUGUUUUAAUGCAACAUUUUCUAUGUUAUCUUA